AUGAGGUCUUACUGUGUUUGCAUCAUCCUGAGCCUGGCUCUCACAGCUCACUGUGCUCCAGCAUCACCAGUCACUGUGCAGGAUGAAAACUUUGCAGAGAGCUACCUGAAGAAUUUCUUCAACCUGACAGAGGAGAGAGGUCCACCUGGCAGACAAGGAAUCAACCCUGUGGCAAGAAAGCUGAGUGAGAUGCAGAGAUUCUUUGGUCUUCAGAUCACCGGGUCCCUCGAUGCAGACACCUUGGCCUUGAUGAAGAAGCCCCGCUGUGGUGUCCCUGAUACCAACAUUGGCCGAUUCUCCACCUUUGGAAGCCACCUGAAGUGGCAGACAACCAGCCUCACAUACAGGAUAGAGAACUACACCCCUGACAUGUCUGUAGCAGAGAUCGAUGACUCUAUCCAGAAAGCCCUGGAUGUUUGGGCAAGGGUCACUCUUCUGAGGUUCACAAAGAUCCACAGCGGCACCGCAGACAUCAUGAUCUCCUUUGGCCGCAGAUCACAUGGUGACCAUUACCCCUUUGAUGGCCCAGGUGGCACUCUGGCCCACGCCUUCGCCCCGUCCUCUGGCAUCGGAGGAGACGCUCACUUUGACGACGAUGAGACCUUCACCUUUCGCUCAACCCGUGGUUACGUCCUCUUCAUGGUGGCUGCCCAUGAGUUUGGUCACUCUCUGGGUUUGUCUCACUCUAAUGACCCCGGUGCUCUGAUGUACCCCGUGUACAGCUACAGAAACCCUGACACCUUCGUGCUGCCCCAGGACGACGUCAAAGGAAUCCAGUCUCUCUAUGGUCCAAACCCCAACAAGCCUGCUAAGCCUGAACCUGAGGCCCCGACCACCCCUGACGCCUGUGAUUCCACCAUGGUGUUGGACGCUGUCACCACCCUGAGAGGGGAGAUGAUCUUCUUCAAGGACAGCUUCUUCUGGCAUAGCUACCCUCAGAGCCUGACCCCUCAGCAGAGCCUCAUCUCAAACUUCUGGCCCAACGGUCCCUCCAGCGUUGACGCUGCUUAUGAAAGCCGUCAGUCUGACAUGAUCUUUCUCUUCAAAGGUCCUAGGGUGUGGGCCUUUAAUGCCUACCAGCCUGUGCGCGGCUAUCCUAAAAAGAUCACCUCUAUGGGUUUCCCCAGAUGUGUGAGGAAAAUCGACGCAGCUCUUUAUGAUGCUGAAACUAGCAAGAUUCUGUUCUUUGUGGGCUACGAUUACUUCAGUUAUGAUGAGAGCAGAGGGAGCAUGGAUCCAGGGUCCCCCAAGAGGGUGGAGGAGACCUUCCCCGGCCUAAACGGGAAGGUGACAGCAGCUUUCCAGUACAGAGGGUUCUCUUACAUCUACAGUGGACCGUACAUGUUCGAGUACAGCCUGAGGACCAGCAGGUUGAACCGCGUGCUGAGGAACAGCUUCUUCCUGCGCUGCACUAACUACUAG